GCAGAAUGCAAAGCAAACUAAUCCAUAGUCAAUAAUCUACUUUUCAGCACCGAACACCAUCUAGUCUUAAAGACCAAGCCAGAGCUGAAGCCUCGGUUCUACCACCACCGCCUCAACCCUCUCUUCUGCACGGUUCAAAGACAGAGAUUGCAGCAAUGUACGUAGAUCACGCGUUCUCGAUUUCGGACGAGGAUAUCAUGAUGGAAACCUCGUACACCGUCAACAACAAACCCCCCAUCAAGGAGAUCGCCCUCGCCGUUUCCCUCCUCGUCUGUGGCUUCCUCGGCAUCAUCAUCGGUUCCCUCAUGGCCUACAACCGUGUCGGCGGCGACACUGCUCACGGGAUCUUCUUUGCAAUACUGGGAACAAUCUUGUUCAUUCCGGGUUUCUACUACACGCGGAUUGCCUACUAUGCUUACAAGGGAUACAAGGGGUUCUCUUUCUCUAACAUACCCCCUGUGUAGCUACUACCUACCGGUGUCUCAAUACAUAAUUUAGGUUCCAAUAGCAUCCUCUUGUACAGAUCUCCGCUUGUUGUGUUCUAUGUUCUUUUUUUUUUGUCUGAAAAAUGAAGAGUGUUUAGAUUGUAAUUUGUAAUUACUUUAUAUGAUAUACUGCAACUUUCUAUGGUUGAAAAUUUUUAAUGUAGUCUCAAUUAUCCUGCUGAGUUUUUUCC